UGACUAAGUGGAGAAGUUAAAACGCACCGUCAUAGUUCUUAUGCGUAAAGGAUCUUGAAACUUUGACAACAUUUAAACAAAUGGCGGAUAAAAAGGAGGUUAAUCUCACUGGAGUCAAACAGAGUAAAGGCGUUUGGCUCGUUAAGGUUCCCAAGUAUCUAUCUCUGCAGUGGAAUAAGGCACCAGAAAAGGGAGAAGUUGGAAAGAUUUUCAUCGGAAAGAAGCAAGGCAAAACAGAGGUACGUUUCAGCCUGAAUGAGGAGCUGACGACCAUGGGCGCUGUGGGGGAGAAAGAUGCAUCACUGCAGGUCCCAAGAGAUCAUCCCUUCACUAUGCACACAGUGGGUGGGCAGACCAUGGCCGUCUUCAGCCAGAGUGACGCAGAUGAAAUCAGUCUGGAGGGGAUGGUGGUGCACAGAGCUGAAUGCAGACCGGUCGUCAAUGACGACUACAUGAGGCUGAAGAAGCUGCAGCUUAAAGAGUCCACGAAGCCUCAGCGUUUGUCACAGCAGCUGGAGAGAGCCGUCACUACCAUCUUCAAGCCUGUGGCCAACCACGAUUUCAAUGUGGAGCACGAGAAGAAGAAGAAGUCAGAGGGGAAGAUGGUGAGAGCUGAGCGGCAGAUCGUGUUGGACAUGCUUUUCUCUGCCUUUGAGAAGCACCAGUAUUACAACAUUAAGGACCUGGUGGACAUCACCAAACAACCUGUUACCUACCUGAAGGAGAUCAUGAGGGAAAUCGGGACGUACAACAGCAAAGGGGCUCACAAGAGCACCUGGGAGCUGAAGCCGGAGUACCGACACUACCAGUCCGCUGAGGAAGAGGAGGAGAUGCAAACGGCCUGAAUCCAGCCAGCGUUUGUCUCACCACAUGGGGAACAACAACUCUCGGGUUUUUCAGUGACUCCCUGAAUACAGAUGUGAAAAAGGAAAUACUGUUUAGCAGGUAUGCAGGCAGUAUGUGAUGAUUUUGAGUUAACAUGGUCAUACGCAAGCACAGCACUUAAACAUGAAUAAACAUUUUGUUCACAGUGUUGGAUUUCUAUCAAGGUUUUGUCAGUUGAGGGAUGAAUAACUGAUGUCUGUCUGAAAGGGGAAGAUGGAAAU